AUUCUUAGUCUUAAUAAGUACUUAUUAUAUAAGAAUUUCUUCUAACAUUUAUUUUGUACCAAACUAUUUUAUAGGCCUUAUUUUUUUCCAGCAUUUACUAAAACUAAAGUAAUGGCAACCGAGAAGUUUUCAUCUCUUCUGUUACUUUCCAUGAUGGUGUUUGCUCUCAUCAUUUUGCCCAUUGAUUCGGCCGUUCCAGGAGUUUAUUACAAAUGUAUGCCGGACGGAUGUACACUCACGCCACCAUGCGCGGCAAAAUGCGAGUCUAUGGGGUUCCAAAAUGCAGGUGAAUGUCGAAUUUAUAGUUAUGGCGGUGUUUGUUGUUGCCAAUGCACUGAUAAAGCAUGUAUAAAUUAAUACCGUGCCUAGUCCUUCUGCUUACUAAUCAGUUCUUCAAUCAAUAUGCACUCUCAUUUAUACAUGAGUAAAAA